CUCUCUCUGUCUCCCAGAAAACAACACUCAACUUAAUAAGUUAGCAAGCAGUGGCGUGGGAACUUUACUCAACCGUUUCUUAAAGAUAAUAGUUUAAACAAACGUGUUAUAAUCUGCGGUAACUGACCGAGAGAGACAACUACGACGCUGCUGCUGAGGCGGGCCACCUGAUCCAGGGAGAGGGAUUUAUUUUCCUUCUGCAUUCCUGAUGGAGUCGUACAGAGUGACUGGCAUUCCUAACAGCGGACCACAGCGGGGCCACAUCCAGCCCUCCCGCCCCUCCAGGCCCAACAGUAAUGGAGCUGGUACAUACGGUCUCAGCAUCCGUGUCCAGGGUAUUGAUGGACACCCCUACGUAGUUCUCAACAACCAGGACAGGGGUCCUCAAUCCUUGAUGGACCCUAACAGUAAUGGGUACGUCGACACGGAGGGCUCUUUUAUUGAGAACUACCAGGAGUAUGAUUUCAAGGGAGGAAAGGAGGCUGGAUCCAUCAGCCCCUUCAUGGAGUACAGGUCUCAGAAGAUGACGCAUCCUACUGCUCCUCAAAAUGGCAUCGCAGAUUCACAAGGAAAGAAAUCAUCCUCUCUUCUGAACUUUCAGAAGCAUCCUGAGAUACUGCAGCCGUAUGAUCCACAGAACAACUCCCUGAACCUUGACGCUUCUCACAGCCUGCCUUCCAGGCCUCUGGCUGAGACUGGGAACCAACGGAGGAGUUCCUCCUCCAAAUUUGCUGUACCUGCAACGUCCCACGCCAGGUCAUCAAGCCUGGACCGGAGUAAAGCUCCUGCGCAGCAAGAGAAAAAGCAACCUCUAUCCCAGAGCCGGAGUGAGAGAGACCUUUCUAAGCCGCAGUCACGGCACGCUCAGCCUCAGACCAGACCACAAUCACAAGUGGCUCAGCCGCAGUUCAAACCUCGUCUCGGCAACCUGAAUCCCCCUCAGUCCAAGCCAGGCUCUAAAUCUCAGCAGCAACCAGUGCUUCCAGCCCAGCCUCAGCCCUCCGCCGUGCCGAGUCCUGCGAGUGAGCAGAGCAAGACAUCACGCCGAUCCCCCACUUCUAUGAGCAGCGCCAACUCCAGCAUGGAGCGCACCCGCCGUGAGCCUGAUGUCCUUCCUCUACGCAGGACUGACUCCAGUGGUCCAGUUCUUCAGUCCUCAUCCCGUUCCCGCCACUCUUCCUCAUCUUCCAACCCCAAGUCUCCGGCGGAGGAACAGAUGGAGGCCCUGUACGCAGGUGCCAUCAACCGCCACGAGAACCGCCGCUACAUCCCUUUCCUCCCGGGUUCAGGCAGAGACAUUGACACAGGCUCCAUUCCUGGUGUCGAUGAGCUCAUUGAGAAGUUUGACGGCAGCCACCAUCACAGGGGCAGGGCGGGGCGCAGGAACAGGAUCAAUCCAGAGGACAGGAAGCGUUCACGCAGUGUGGAUAGUGCUUACGGUCUACGAAAUGGCUCUAGCCACGUAGAUGGGCUUAGCCACCAGCGAGGCACAUCAAUGGAGCACGUCCUGCGGCCAUCACAGCUACGGCUGCAGCAAACAGCCGGUAGUCAGGACUCCUGGCUCACGGUUGUAGAUGGUAAGAGCGAAUCCCGAGCUUCAACUCGUGGCACCAGCGCGCCCGGUUCUCCCCAGAGCACCAUCUCUAAAGGUUUCGGCGCCAUACAGGGUUACAAAAAGUCACUGACUCGCACCUCUUCAACGCCAUUCGAGAGUAAGAGCGAGGACAGAGCCUCCUCAGCUGGAAAGGUUUCGACAACAUCGCUGUCAACAUCGCUAUCCAAGCCGUCUUCCACCACAGACAAAAAGUCCAGUACGGAAGCAGAUGUUCAGGCGACACCUGAUCUUCUGAAAGGUCAACAGGAGCUUUCACAACAAACACACGAAGAGACAGCAAAACAAAUCUUGUUCAAUUACCUUAAGGAUGGAAGCGCCGAUAAUGAUGAAACGACGAAGAGAAAGGUCAACCUUGUCUUUGAGAAGAUACAGACGUUGAAGUCUCGGGCCACGGCGAGCUCACAAGGCGACCACAAAUCCCUGGACGUUGCUGCACAGACCAAAGCUCUGCAGGAGCAAAAUAAAGAACUGGGGAAAGAAAUGGUCGAACUGAAGAGACAACUUGAGGACCAAACCACGAAGAAUCAGGCUGACAAGAGGACAGUAGCAGGUUUGAAGGAGCUGCAGCAGGAGCUGGAGCGGCGUGUUGAGGAGUGCAAGCGUCUGAGGGAAAAACUAGCCAAAACAGAGGUCGAGCUCCAGACCACAGUGGAAGAGCUGUUCCAGGUGAAGAUGGAAAGGGAGCAACACCAGACAGAGAUCAGAGACCUGCAGGACCAGCUGUCAGAGAUGCAUGACGAGCUCGACUCGGCCAAGAAGUCAGCCGCAGAUGGAGAGAGAGACAUCAUUAUGGUGGACAUGAUGCAACUGAAGGUAGAGAUGCAGGAAGUUCUCCUGGCCAAGGAGGAGCAGGAGGAGGUGCUGAGGAGGCGAGAGAGGGAACUGACGGCUCUGAAAGGAGCCCUGAAGGAGGAAGUGGGCGCUCAUGAUCAAGAGGUGGACAAGAUGAGGGAGCAGUAUGAGAAGGAAAUAAGCAAGCUGCAGACGUCUUUGGUGGAGGCCAAACAGAGCAGCGCAGCAGUGGUCCGUGAGAAGGCCGAAGUGGAGGCAGCCAAGGGUGCAGCGGAGGGCCAAACGGGACGGCUGACCCAAGAGGCCGAGCGGCUGCGCAGGCGGGCGCAGGAGCUGGAAAAUGAGGUGGCCAAACUCAACCGCCUCAUCGACGAGGCCAAGCUGCAGGAGAGCAGGCAUGGGGACAGAGCUGGCCGAGUGGAGAGAGAGAAAAAGCAUUUGGAAGAGUCUUUGGCUGAAAUUAAGGAGCAAGAAGAGGAGGCGGCCCGUGCCAAUCGAGCGUUGACCAUUCGGUUGGAGGAUGUACAGAGGAACUUUUCCAAACUGAGCAUUGAACACAAGAGCAUGGAGGAGAGGUUACAAGAAGAGAGGACUCAGAAGGAGCAGUUCAAGCACAUGAAGAACGACAUGGAGGAUGAGAGGAAGCUGCUGGACCGCACAGUGGAAAAACUUCAGAGGGAGAUGAACGAUAUUGUGGUGGCGUCCCAGUCGUCCACUCUGGAGCUGCAGGAGCAAAUCAAUAUUUAUAAAGAGAACAACCGUCGGGAGCUGACGGAUCUGACGAGGCUUCUGAAGGAUCGAGGACUGGAGCUGGACAAGUGCCUACUGGCCACCAAAACCCUGCAAGAAGAGUUGUUGCAACGGGAGGACGAACUGCGGCAGUGUCGGAGGGAACGAGACGAGGCCGUGCUCAGGGAGACGACGCUGGAGAAAAAGGUUCAUGAUCUGGAGGUGGAGGCUGAGGCAAAGGCCAACUCUAAAGAGGACAAAGCUCGACACGUCAAACUCAUGGAGGACAGGAUCGCUCAGCUGGAGUUAGACCUGGACGAGGAGCGUCAGAGUGGAGACCAGCUGAUGAACAGGAUAGACCGAGGAAGAGAGCAGGUGGAGCAGAUGAGGAAUGAACUCCUGCAGGAGAGGUCUAGCAGACAGGACCUGGAGUGUGACAAGAUGGCUCUGGAGAGACAGACCAAAGACCUGAAGGGCAGAGUGGCUCAUUUAGAAGGCUCCCACAAGUCCAACAAAGAGGGCCUGGUAGCCCAGCUGGAGGAUCGCGUACAUGAGCUGGAGGAGAGGCUGCAGGGGGAGGAAAGGGAGCGUGCCAACCUGCAGCUGGUGAACCGCAGGCUAGAGAGGAAGGUAAAAGAGAUGAUGAUGCAAGGUGAAGAAGAACAGCACACAUUGCAAGAUCAAAAGGACCAAUUGAAUCUGCGUCUAAAGGCCUUGAAACGGCAGAUGGACGAGGCCGAAGAAGAGAUCGACCGACAGGAGCACAGCAAGAAGAAGGUGCAGAGAGACCUGGAUGAGCAACAGGAGGCCAACGAGCAGCUCCAGAGUCAGCUCAAAGCUCUGCGGAACGAGAUCAGGCGUAAGACCACCUCCGCUCCGCUGCUCAACACUCUGGAAGAUGACGACGACGACGAUGACGACAUCAGCACCGACGGGGAGACGUACUUCAGCUCAUCGUUGGGGUACAAGCGCUCCUCAAGUCAGGAGAACAUCUUGUCCAGCUUCGCUUUGUAAAUCCACGAGGUGAAGGAUAAAGCUGCUUUAUAUGCGUCACUGUCGGACCAAACAGCCGGAGAUCCGUGCCAUGUGCUGUCACACCGAAACAUCUGUGUGAUUAAUUCUGGGCACAGUCUCCAUAAAUUCACUCAGUAUUAUUUGAGCGGCUCUGAGAUUAACGGAUGAAAUCAUGAAAGUUUUAGACUGUCCCGUAGAAAUGAAGUGUAUAUACUGUUUAAUUUGGUGAUUUUACAUUCCUACAUUUAUGUAAAUGUAUCACUUCUAUUGUGAGUGGAUUUUCCUUUGUUAACAAAUGAGUUACACAUGAUUAUCUUAGCAUUAGUAAACUUGAAAAUGCACUCUUUAAUGCACUGUAAACCAGUACUGCCUUUGUGAACAAUAUGAGGUUAUUAACCUUCACUUUUUUUAUGCCUAUCAAAUAUGUUAAAUUUACAAAUAGUAUCUGAAUAUACAUUUUUAUAUCAUUCUGUUAAAUAAAAUAUAUCUACUUUUUUUUUUUUUUUUAAAUGAAUGAAGAUCAAAUCCGAGGAUAUGAAGCGAGGAGUGUCAGGAUGGGUUUUUUUUUCUUAUUUAUUCAUGGUUGAAUACACAACAUCCUGGCUCAGUGAUGGCUUUAGGGAACAGCAAAUGAGGGACUUUGUACACAUUCAUUUUUAUACAGUUUUAUAUGAUUUGAUACAAAUAAUAGAUCCAUGAAAAUGUUAUCAAUGGUUAUUUGUUGUAAUUUUAUCACACAGGUUACUCCAAAUAUUAGUGACACCACAGUAUUGCUUUUACAUACUGGAAAAGGCUGCUUCGUGCAAUCAUGUGACAAUACCUAAAUUAACUUUCUUUAGUCUUUUCUGUGAUUAUUAUUGAUUCUGAAUCAGACUUCUAGUAGUUGCAGCACUGAAGUCACACAUAUCAAAACCAUUUAAUCUCUUUUAUACUGGAAACACUUUGAUGUAACUUCUAUCUCUGGUGAUUUCUCUCCUGAAUGGGGCCGUGUUGAUACUGAACAUAACUUCAUGCAUGUGUGUUUGAAUUGUGCCUCUGUGUACAUAAAGCCUUGUACGUGUGCAGGCCUCCUCUAAUUCUCCUUGAACUGAAUGAGGGAAUUUCUUCAGAUGACAUAAACUGACAUUUGAUGUUUUGCUACACUGUGAUGAUUUGCACUCUCUGUUGGCUCUGUGCUGGAUAUAUAGAAGUCUGACGCCUGUGGAGGGAGAGUGGAUUAAGACAAAUUGCUGCCACUACCUCUUUGUACACAUUUGUAUGUUCAUAAAUCCUGCUGACACUAAAAUAAAAUUACUUCCAGUUACUCCCA